AUGAAAUACCGCAUUAGAACUAUUUCAAACGAUGAAGCUGUCAUCGAAUUGGAUGAGCAGUGCACUGUAAAUGAUCUACUACAAAAAGCGUGCGAAUUACUUAAUAGAGAAGCUUCAGAAUCCGUUUUAAUUUUUUCUUCAAAUAAACUGACUAACUUGGAUCAACCACUUAAUCAAAUAGGAUAUAAAGAGCAAAAAACUAUCAUAUUGCACACAAUUUCCCAAGAAUCAAAGAAAAUAAAAUUAUUAGCGUCCGUUGAUCCUCAAAAUCUAGAAUCAUCAGACCCUAACAAAUCCAAUCAAAUUGAUAUUACAAAACAAGAAAGAUUCUCAAAGGCAUUAGAAAAUAUUACUGCGAUGGGCUUUUCACCUGAUAAUGCUGAACAAGCGUUAAGGAUUGCAGCAGGUAAUCAAAACGAAGCGUUAAACAUCAUACUAAAUCGAAGAGUGAGCCAACCACGACUCCUUCUCGAGAGACACAUAGAAGAGAGCAGAAUGAGGUCAGCCAGAAGGCGCAAUGCGAAGAAGAUCAGAUUGUCCCCAGGAACACCUCAUUCUUCGAGAGAUCACGUUAAUUUCAUACCUGGAUUCAAAAUCGCCGAAAAAAGGAAGUUCAAGCCAGACGUUGAGAAUUUAUACAUUGGGUUCAUUAAAAACAACGAAAGAACAAUGGAAGCUCUAACAAAUGUAAUCCAAGAACAAAGUCUCGAUUUAUUAGACUCAAUACAACAAAAUCCUUCACCUAUGCUUACAAUGCUUGGCCUUACAGUCCAGAGAAACGAAAUUAAUGGUAUACAAACGACUCCUUACCUCGAAGUUUUCUCAGAGCCACUUAUAAAGGCUAUGGACUUGACUCCCGAUGAAGUUCCUGUUAUACAAAGACUUUUGUCCGUUGGAGCUCCUCUUUCUGUGACAAUUAAAGUAUAUCGCUCAACAAACAACGAUGAAGUCGUUGCAAGAAGGUAUCUACGUGCUAACUUUAUGCAUAGAAUGUGA